AGAAACCCAACACCCCAAUCCUCUUUUUAUACUCUUUUCUUUCCAUCUCUCCGUCAACUGUUCUCUUCUCAGUUUCUGAAUCGCUAGGAAAGAAGAUCUCUCUCUCUCUUUCAGCUUUCGCACAUCUUAAACAUGUCUUGCUACAAGGGCAAAUACCAUGAUGAACUCAUUGCCAGUGCUGCACACAUUGGCACCCCCGGAAAGGGUAUCCUGGCUGCUGAUGAGUCCACUGGGACUAUUGGCAAGCGUCUAUCCAGCAUCAACGUUGAGAAUGUCGAGUCCAACAGGCGGGCACUUCGUGAACUUCUCUUCUGCACUCCAGGUGCUUUGGAAUGCCUGAGUGGUAUAAUUCUUUUUGAGGAGACCCUCUACCAGAAGACUGCUGCUGGUAAGCCUUUUGUCGAAGUCAUGAAGGAAGCUAAUGUUCUUCCUGGCAUCAAGGUCGACAAGGGUACAGUUGAGCUUGCUGGAACCAAUGGUGAGACCACCACCCAGGGGCUUGAUGGCCUCGCCCAGCGAUGCCAGAAGUACUAUGAAGCUGGUGCCCGGUUUGCCAAGUGGCGUGCGGUGCUCAAGAUUGGCCCAAAUGAGCCAUCCCAACUGGCCAUCAAUGAGAACGCCAAUGGAUUGGCACGCUAUGCCAUCAUCUGCCAAGAGAAUGGCUUGGUUCCAAUUGUUGAGCCAGAAAUCCUCGUCGACGGUUCUCAUGACAUUGAAAGGUGUGCGGACGUCUCCGAGCGUGUCCUUGCAGCAUGCUACAAGGCAUUGAAUGACCACCAUGUCCUGCUAGAGGGGACUCUGUUGAAGCCCAACAUGGUGACCCCUGGAUCAGAGUCGAAGAAGGUAGCCCCAGAGGUUGUGGCUGAGUACACCGUGAGGACCUUGCAGCGUACAAUGCCUUCAGCAGUCCCUGCUGUGGUGUUUUUGUCCGGUGGACAGAGUGAGGAGGAAGCAACUCUGAAUCUGAACGCCAUGAACCAGUUUAAGGGUAAGAAGCCAUGGGUUCUGACAUUCUCCUUCGGGCGUGCCCUGCAGCAAAGCACUCUCAAGGCAUGGCAAGGGAAAGAGGAGAACGUGGGCAAAGCACAGGCUGCCUUCCUCAAGAGGUGCAAGGCAAACUCGGAAGCGACCCUUGGUGUCUACAAGGGUGAUGCUGCAGGUGGCGAAGGUGUCUCUGAGAGCCUGCAUGUCAAGGACUACAAGUACUGAUCAAGUUUUGGGUCCUCUCCUUAUUUUUAAAGAUUAUUAAUUAGGAAAGAGGAAAUGGUGAACAAUGGUGAGUCCUCUUUGUAGGGGUAAAGAGUGGUUCUUUUGUUUAAUUGAAUUUGGCAAGGGAGUGACGGAAUAAGUUUGUAGGUUUUUGCUUGUUUUUGCUUGUUUAUCCUUUCUGGUUAUUACUUUGUGAUGACCUCUGCCUCUUGGCAAAAAUGAUGGUAGUGAAUAACAUUUGAGUUUGCUAA